AUGUGUUCCCAAAGGCUGGACUCUCUCUUUUUGAAAAGUAACAGACUACAAUAUAUUGGGGACAAUGAAAGAUCACUGGAACAUACCUCUAGGUUGACCGUUGGGCCUAAGGCAGUAACCCUGUGCAUUAACAACCUCAGGGUUGCCCCAGGAAGUAGACAGAGCCUGGAUGAUCAGGAGAAUAGACAGGCAGAGCUGCCUAGCAUUUCUCAUGGCAAGAAGAAACCAGAUCGUCUUCCACACCUUAAGAGCUGUGCUAGCAAGGGCCAUUCUCCUGACCCUAAAUUAAGCUUGUUGGUAGUUUCCAAAAGGAUCUUUCAGGGCAAUUCUGUGGUCGAAGACCCAGAGCCCAGGCAGACAUUUGUUGGACGCACUGACUUGCUGAAGAACAGCCCUGAAGCAACAGCAGGGGAGGCCCAGGGGAAAACGAGAACAAUGGCGUUACUUAGCAAGGCUAGAAAGCAAACAGAAAAAGCUUUGAACCCAGUUGACACCAGAUGGGUCCAGAAGCGAGAGGUGGUUAUGAACACCGAACACCCAAGCAAGAAACACCAGCAACAGCAACAAAAGAUUCUGGAGGAUCUGAGAAGGGGCCAUCUGGGAGGAGGAGACAGGAAAGGACUCAUACAGUCACAAGGACCUUUCAGGUACCCCAAAUGUCUUGCUCUAGAAAAAAACACCUUUGUGCAGGGCAAGAAGAUCGAGCCCUAUUCUAGACAUUCUGCCCAGAUAGCGAGCCUUUUAGUUGGAGAGCAGGAGUCUAGAGAGGAGCUGAAGUCAGUGCUUUCAGGCUCACACAAACUGAAAGCUAAGAAAGACUCCAAAGGAAAGAAAACACAGACCCAAUUCUUGGAAAAUACUUCCUGGCAGGGAAAAGAAAAGGUUAUGGGCCAUAAUGUCCUGGAAGAAGCUAAGCCUGGGCUCCUCAAGAGGAAGAAGAUGCAGGCCAUGGAGAUGUUAGCCAAACCUCAUUGUGAUAGAGAACUCUGCCUAGAAAACAGCAGAGAGGAAGUACAAUUCUUUUUUCAGGACGUCAAACAGCGUGCUUUGGAAAGAAACAUCAUAAGGCCUAAGAGGUGGCCAAGGGAGGAAGGCUGGGACCACACGGUCCAGGGAACCCCAGUUGUUCUUGCAGUUCGGGACCAUAUUUAUCCUCCACAGGGAUCAAAAGACAGUACCCCAAAGUCCAGGCUGAGGUUAUCCAUCAGGAAAACAAAUAUUGUUGAGUCAUAA